GCACUCAUUAUAUCUCUCUCCCAUCCGUUCCCCUUUUCUUUUAUUUCCAUUUUAUCACCUUCAAAGCAGCUUUUAUAUACCAAAAACAAAAUAAAUAAACAUAUAUAGAUAGAUAGAUACACUCAUAUACAUACACUGAUAUACAUACAAACGCAUACACAUAAAAAAGAUGUGGCGGUGCGUGUCACGUGGCCUUCGCAUUCCUUCCCGUCGAUUUACCGCCGGCGAUUCCUUCUCACACCGAUCAUUCUCUUCUGAAUCGAAAGUUGGAGGAUCGUAUACUAUAGUUGAUCACACGUACGAUGCGGUAGUGGUUGGAGCAGGAGGUGCUGGCCUUCGAGCUGCCAUCGGGCUAUCGGAGCAUGGAUUUAAUACUGCUUGCAUUACUAAGCUGUUUCCGACUCGUUCACAUACCGUUGCCGCUCAGGGUGGUAUAAAUGCUGCUCUUGGAAAUAUGACCGAGGAUGACUGGAGGUGGCACAUGUAUGACACAGUUAAGGGAAGCGAUUGGCUAGGUGAUCAGGAUGCUAUCCAGUAUAUGUGUAGAGAAGCACCAAAAGCAGUUAUUGAGCUUGAAAAUUAUGGUUUGCCUUUUUCUCGAACCGAGGAAGGAAAGAUAUACCAACGUGCAUUUGGUGGUCAGAGUCUCGACUUUGGCAAAGGGGGGCAAGCUUAUCGCUGUGCGUGUGCUGCUGAUAGAACUGGUCAUGCAUUGUUGCAUACAUUGUAUGGUCAGGCCAUGAAACAUAAUACACAAUUCUUUGUGGAAUAUUUUGCUUUGGAUCUAAUCAUGGGUAGUGACGGAAGCUGCCAAGGUGUUAUUGCACUAAAUAUGGAAGAUGGGACACUACAUCGAUUCCGUUCUUCAUCAACAAUCUUGGCCACCGGGGGUUAUGGUAGAGCAUAUUUCUCAGCAACCUCUGCUCAUACUUGCACAGGAGAUGGAAAUGCCAUGGUUGCACGUGCAGGCCUUCCUCUUGAGGAUCUUGAGUUUGUUCAAUUUCACCCAACUGGUAUAUAUGGUGCUGGGUGCCUCAUUACCGAAGGAUCUCGUGGUGAAGGUGGUAUUCUAAGGAACAGUGAAGGUGAAAGAUUUAUGGAACGUUAUGCCCCUACAGCAAAAGAUCUUGCAUCAAGAGACGUCGUGUCAAGAUCUAUGACCAUGGAAAUACGUGAAGGUCGUGGUGUAGGAAAAAUGAAAGACCACAUUUAUCUUCACUUGAAUCACCUUCCACCAGAGGUUCUUAAGGAGAGGCUUCCUGGUAUCUCUGAAACUGCUGCCAUCUUUGCUGGUGUCGAUGUUACAAAGGAGCCAAUUCCAGUUUUACCAACUGUUCAUUAUAAUAUGGGUGGAAUCCCAACAAAUUACCAUGGGGAGGUUGUUACUAUUAAAGGUGAUAAUCCUGACUCUAUCGUUCCUGGACUUAUGGCUGCUGGGGAGGCAGCAUGUGCCUCAGUCCAUGGUGCCAAUCGGCUUGGUGCAAAUUCUCUUCUUGACAUUGUCGUCUUUGGCCGUGCCUGUGCAAAUAGAGUUGCUGAGAUUCAUAGGCCAGGGGAAAAACAAAAACCAUUGCCAAGUGAUGCUGGAGAGAAGACUAUUGCAUGGUUAGACAAAAUCAGAAAUUCUAAUGGUUCACUUCAUACCUCGAAGAUUAGGUUAAAUAUGCAGCGAAUCAUGCAAAACAAUGCUGCUGUGUUUCGCACACAGGAGACGCUAGAAGAAGGUUGCAAUUUGAUUGAUAAAGCAUGGGAGAGCUAUCAUGAUGUUAAACUUAAAGACCGAAGUUUGAUAUGGAACUCGGAUCUGAUAGAGACCAUAGAGUUGGAAAACCUUCUAAUCAAUGCAUGUAUCACCAUGCAUUCUGCUGAAGCUAGGAAAGAGAGUAGAGGAGCUCAUGCUCGUGAAGAUUUUUCGAAAAGAGAUGAUGAGAAAUGGAUGAAACAUACACUGGGAUUCUGGGAGAACGAGAAGGUCCGACUAGACUACAGGCCAGUUCACAUGAAUACUCUUGAUGAUGAGGUCGAGACGUUUCCACCAAAGGCUCGCGUAUACUAACCUUUCACUAGAGUUUUCUGCUUGCUUCGAAAGGUUAUCAUUACAAAAUUGUUCGAACUACAAAAUUUUGUUAAUAAGUUGUCGCAUUCAUUAUUUGAUGCACAACCCUUCCAAAUUUGCACAUAAGUUGUCUUGGCAGAACUCAUUUUAGGUUAUGUUUUGUAAUCUUUCUUAUAGACUUAGAGUGCAAUGCUUGUACUUUAAAUUAUGAUCUAAUCUUAUGGUCGACUUGUCAUCGAGCCAGCCAAAAAUAAGAUUGUAGAGUAUUUAAACUCAAGAUCGUCUCAUAGUGGUGUAGUCCUACCCUUCCCUCCCAUUGCUGAAGUGGAUUCGAUAAUAAUUACAUAUUAUAAUACAAUUUUUAAUGGAUCUUAUAAGCUAA